AAAUUGAAAUUGGUGACGGUUUGAGAGAGAAAGAAACAAUAACCCAAAAACCAUAUCCUAAUUCCAUGCUAUGCAAUUUGCAUACCGGUUAGGUUAGUUACCAUUCUCACUCUUCACAAACUUCAAAGUCAGAGAGAGAGAGAGGUUUUGGUAAUGGAGAAUGAAGCACAAAGUGGUGGCAAAGAUGAGGUGUUAUCGGUGGAGCUUUCAGCUCCUCCUUCUUGGAAGAAACUGUUCUUCCCUAAGAAAGUAGGAACACCAAGGAAAAGUGAGAUCAUGUUCAUUGCUCCAACUGGGGAAGAGAUCAGUUCCAGAAAACAAUUGGAGCAGUACCUAAAGGCACAUCCUGGGAAUCCUGCAAUAUCAGAGUUUGAUUGGGGAACUGGUGAGACCCCUAGGCGAUCAGCUAGGAUUAGUGAGAAAGUCAAAUCAUCUCCACCAGCAGAGAGUGAGCCUCCAAAGAAACGGAGUCGAAAAUCAUCAGGUUCAAAGAAGGAUAACAAAGAAACUGAACCUGCUUCAGAGGAAGGCAAUGCAAAAUCUGCUGUUGAAGAAACUAAGGCUGAUCCCAAUGACACUGAUAAUAAUAAUAAUAACAAUAAUAAUAAUGAAUCAAAGGGUGAUGCAGAGGAAAUUAAGAAUAGUACUAAUGUGGAAGGGGAAAAUGUGACUGCUGAAAAGCCUCCUCAAGGGGAAGAAGCAGCAGAAUCAGGGGACAAAAUUGCUGUGGAAGGUUUGAAUGAUGUGGUCACUGAAAAAAAACCCCAUGGGGAGGCUCCAGUAGUAUCAGAAAAUGAAAAUGGUAAUGUUGAAAAUAAGCAGGAUGAAUCAGGUACUCUGAUUCUUGAGGCAAAUGGUGGAGCUGAGAAGGUGAAUCCCUAUGAUGAAGAGAUGAAUGCUGAGAAAGGAAUCCCUGUAAGUGAUGGAAAAAACACCAUUCAAGCUGAGGAGCAAGUCAAGAAAAUGGUUGACAAUGGACAAGUUAUUUGGAGCUGUGCUCAAUGAAGUAUAUUCAUCAUCUUCUGUAGUGUAUCCUGCUGAAAUGUACUUUACUAAUUACCUAGUGUCCUUAACUGUUGUAAUGUUGUUCAAGUUGCUUUAGUAAUUUAGUUAUUUGGGACCCCCUGGAUGACUUUCGUGUUGUAUUCUGUCUAAGGUAUGGUUGUAUUUAGGAAAUUAAAUGCGUAUCCCUGGUAGAUUGGAUCUUUAGACUUUCCAUAGUGCAGUUCUGUAUGUAGAUUGUCACACAUUUGUCUUAGGAAUUAAAUUUUAUUUUGCCCGGAUCUCUUGACCUAUCUUUGAAUUCUCUUUUUAUU